AUGGCGGACAGACUCACUCAGCUUCAAGAUGCCAUUGACAAUCAACAAACGCUGAUGUACGCAGCCAUUAACUACAUCACGACCAGGCAUCCUUACGCAGAAAUCCCAGGGCAACCAAGCCAGGCUCCGCAGCUGGCCAAGUCAUCCGCACCAGACAGUGCUGUCCCCCAAUCAGCCGUUUCGUCGCAAAUACCAAACGGCGAGCCGGCGAAACAGCAGCCUAACGGCGCGGCACCGUCUACCCAAAUCGCUUCAGAUGCGUUAGAGGCCCCAGGUUCACCACCUCCCGAAGAGCGGGAUACGUUCAACGCUGCUCUGCACGAGCUUGCGAGAGAUCUCGUGUUGCAGGAGCAGCAGAUCGAACUGCUGAUCAAUAGUCUGCCGGGCCUGGGAAACAGUGAAGCAAGCCAAAUGCGCAGAAUGAGGGAGCUAGAGGCAGCUUUGAGGGAGAUGGGGAGCGAGCGAGCUAUAGCAGAGCAGGAGAAAGAGCGGAUGGUCGAUGCAUUGGGUCAAAUGCUAACCCAAGUACAAAGGGUACCAUGA